UAUUCGAAGAGCCUCCCAACCUCAUAUAUAUAAAAACCGAACAGUUUAUCAUUUUCCCCUUCUCAAUUUAACAACAUUUGCAAACUCCACCCAACCAACCACCUUCUUAAUUAAUAACCGUCGUCGUUUCAAUCUCGUUACACACCUCAAAACGCAGCGGCACACUCACUAGAAUGCAAGCCGUUUCGCUCUCACCUUUGUCGUUUAGGGAUUCUUCCGACGAGUUCGCUGGAAAGUUCGAACACGAUUUCAUGGCCAAGCUCAAAAUCAACGAAGAGAAAGUCGAAAACGAAAACGAAGAGAAGCAUAACGAAGAUGAGAUAGAAGAAGAAGAAGAAGAAGAAGAAGAAGAAGAAGAGGAAGAGUUUAGCUUCGUUCUCACGAAUUCCGAUGGAUCGCCGAUCUCCGCCGACGACGCGUUCGACAACGGCCAGAUUCGUCCGAUUUUUCCGAUUUUCAACCAGGAUCUUCUGUUCUCCGACGAUUACGACGGCGGAGAAGGUCUCCGGCAGCCGAUAAAGGUCUUCGUCGAACAUAAGGAUGAAUUUCUGUCGGAGGCGGCGCCGGCGGAAGGAGCGUACUGCGAGUGGAAUCCGAAAGCGGCGGUGAAGAGCAACUCGACGGGAUUCUCGAAGCUGUGGAGGUUCCGCGACGUGAAGCUGCGGAGCAACAGCGACGGAAAAGACGCGUUCGUGUUCUUGAACCACGCGGCGCCGGCGAAGCCGGCGGAGAAGGCGAGAAGUGUCGUCGUGAAGAAGGGGAAAACAACGACGACGACGGCGGCGGCGUCUGCGCACGAGAAGCAUUACAUUAUGAGCAGAGCGAGGAAAGAGAGCGAUAAACGGAAGUCGUAUUUGCCGUAUAAGCAAAAUAUGUUAGGGUUCUUCGCCAACGCCAACGGAUUGAGCAGAAAUGUUCAUCCUUAUUGAUAAUCUGUUAAUUUGAUUCAUAAAUUUUAUUUAUUUGUAUGUAAGUUAAUGUUUUGAAAUUCAUCAACAACUAAGGAUUAGGGAACUAUCUCUUCCUAAUUUGUUACUAUUAUGUAAUUAGAUUCGAUGGUGAUGUUCUAGAGUUGAAAUAUUUGGAUGUAUAUAUUUUGUAGAUGGAGAUAUGUAGAGAAAUUCAAUUAAGUAGCAAUUUCAAUAACGAUUAGUUAUUAAUUGCAAUUAACAUAAUUAAUUGUUUACGCACAAA